GCAGAGGGGAGGAGGAGUCAAAAGUGAAAGUAUUCAGCUGAUGUCUCUGUUGUUCAGACGCCAUUUUAAAAGGGCAGCGCAGCAGCAGGAAACCUUCGACUGAGGCUGAUUGGAGAAGAACUGAAAGUGAAAGUAUUCAGCUGAUGUCUCUGUUGUUCAGACGCCAUUUUAAAAGGGCAGCGCAGCAGCAGGAAACUGUCGACUGAGGCUGUCAGUUUUAGUGGUUUCUCUGUCAGACUGACUGAAGUCCUGAAGAUGAGUGUUUGUGUGGAGGACAGAGCAGAGUCUCCAGGACCCAGCUGUCUGUCUAUGAGGAGUGACUGGUCUAAAGACGAACCUCCAGUCUUCAGUGAUGAACCUGGACCCUCAGACUCACAAGGUCAGAACCACAGACAGAGAGCAGAGUCUCCAGGAUCCAUCUGUCUGUCUAUGAAGAGUGACCAGUCCAAAGGAGAUCUUAUAAACUUCAGUGAUGAACCUGGACCCUCAGACUCACAGAAGAGGAAGAGGAGAGGUGUCUCUGUGGAGGAGCAGCCGUCCAGCUGUGCUCUGUGUCAGGACGUCCUGAAGGAUCCAGUCUCUACCAGCUGUGGACACUGGUUCUGCAGACAGUGCAUCACCUCAUACUGGGACCAGUCUGGUUCUUCAGGAGACUCCUCCUGUCCCCAGUGUGGAAAAAGACCCAGAACAAGACCUGGACUGCAGACAGCCAGUCAGACCAGCACUGAACAAACAGAUAGUGGUCUGCAGGAGGUUUUACAUCAACAUAAGAUCAGUCUGAGGAGCAGAUGUGAACAUGUGACUGAAGGAACUGAUGGAACAGGAAGUGGAACCCUCCUCAACAGGAUCUACACUGAGCUCUACAUCACAGAGGGACAGAGUGAAGAGGUUAAUACCCAACAUGAGGUGAGGCAGCUGGAGACAACUUCCAAGAAGAAGACCCUCCAUGACGCUCCAAUCAGGUGCCACGACAUCUUUAAAGUCUUACCUGACCAACACAGAGAAGACGUCUUUAAAGUCUCACCUGACCAACAGAGACGCCGCAUCUCUAAAGUCUUACCUGUCCGACAGAGACACGACAUCUUUGAAACCUUACCUGUCCAAGAGAGAGAAGACAUCUCUAAAGCCUUACCUGUCCAACAGAGACGCCAUAUCUGUGAAGUCCUACCUGUCCAACAGAGAGAAGACGUCUCUAAAAUUUCACCUGACCAGCAGAGACCCAUCAGAGUGGUUCUGACCAACGGCGUCGCUGGCGUUGGAAAAACCUUCUCGGUGCAGAAGUUCUCUCUGGACUGGGCAGAGGGCUUGGAGAACCAAGAUGUCAGUCUGCUGGUUCUGCUUUCGUUCAGGGAGCUGAACCUGAUCAGAGAUCAGCAGUACAGUCUUCUCAGGCUGCUCCAUGUUUUCCAUCCAACAUUACAGAAGGUCACAGCAGAGCAGCUCGCUGUCUGUAAAGUUCUGUUCAUCUUUGACGGCCUGGAUGAAAGCAGACUGUCACUGGAUUUCAACAACAGGAAGUCUGUGUCUGAUGUCACACAGGAGUCAUCAGUCAACGUGCUGCUGACAAACCUCAUCAGGGGGAAUCUGCUUCCCUCGGCUCUCGUCUGGAUAACUUCCAGACCUGCCGCGGCCAAUCAGAUCCCUCCUACAUGUGUGGACAGGGUAACAGAAGUACAUGGCUUUGCUGACGCCCAGAAGGAGGAGUACUUCAGGAGGAGAUCCAGUGAUGAAGAGCUGUCCAGCAGAAUCAUCUCACACAUCAAGACGUCCAGGAGCCUCCACAUCAUGUGUCAAGUCCCAGUCUUCUGCUGGAUCACUGCUACAGUUCUGGAGCACAUGUUGACCACAGACCAGAGAGGAGAGCUGCCCCAGACCCUGACUGACCUGUACUCACACUUCCUGCUGGUUCAGACACAGAGGAAGAACAACAAGUACCAUGAGGGACGUGAGACGAGUCCACAGGAGCUGACGGAGGCUGACGGGGAAGUUCUUCUGAAGCUGGGGAGGCUGGCGUUUGAACAUCUGGAGAAAGGAAACAUCAUGUUCUACCAAGAAGACCUGGAGCAGUGUGGUCUUGAUGUCACAGAGGCCUCGGUGUACUCAGGACUUUGUACUGAGAUCUUCAGAAGAGAGAGUGUGAUCUUCCAGAAAACAGUCUACUGCUUUGUUCAUCUGAGCGUUCAGGAGUUUCUGGCUGCAGUCUACAUGUUCCACUGUUACACCAACAGGAAGACAGAGGUCCUGAAGAACUUCCUGGGGAAAAAACAUUUUGAUUUAACCCUGGAUGAGUUCCUGAGGAGAGCCAUGGAGAAAUCCUUCAGAAGUGAAAAUGGUCACCUGGACCUGUUUGUUCGCUUCCUUCAUGGCCUCUCUCUGGAGUCCAACCAGAGACUCUUAGGAGAUCUGCUGGGUCAGACAGAGAACAGUCCAGAAACCAUCCAGAGAGCCAUCAACAACCUGAAGGAGAUGAAGAGUUAUUUUAUCUCUCCUGACAGAAGCAUCAACCUCUUCUACUGUCUGAUGGAGAUGAAGGAUCACUCAGUUCAUCAGGAGAUCCAAGAGUUCCUGAAGUCAAAGAACAGAUCAGAGGAGAAACUCUCUGACAUCAACUGCUCAGCUCUGGCCUACAUGCUGCAGAUGUCAGAGGAGGUUCUGGAUGAGUUGGACCUGAAGAAGUUCAACACAUCAGGGGAGGGACGACGGAGACUGAUCCCAGCUGUGAGGAACUGCAGGAAGGCUGAACUUGAUUAUUGUGGGCUCUUAGAGACUCACUGUGAAGUCGUGGCCUCAGCUCUGAAGUCCAACCCCUCCCACCUGAGAGACCUGGACCUGAGUCACAACCCUAACCUACAGGAUUCAGGAGUGAGGAUCCUGUCUGCUGGACUGGAGAGUCCAAACUGUCGACUGGAGACUCUGAGAUUGAGUUUCUGCAAGUUGUCAAAGAUCAGCUGUGAUUUUCUGGCCUCGGUUCUGAAGUCCAACCCCUCCCAUCUGAGACACCUGGACCUGAGAGGAAACAACCUGCAGGAUUCAGACAUGAAGGAUCUGUAUGAUCUUGUGGAGAGUCCAGACUGUAGACUGGAGACUCUGAGAUGGAGAAACUAUAGGAAUGAUAUUGAAGAGGACGGUGUGUAUGUGUGUGUGCGUGUGUGUAUGUGAAGCAGUGAUGACUCUGCAGUCUAAACUGAUCUGAGUCACACACACAGUCCAGUCCACCAUCCUCCCUGUGUGACUCCCCCCAUGAAAAUCAAGUGUUAAUACUUACAUUUGAUGUUUUUAUCUAUUACAAGACAUAUCCAUACAUCCGUACAUUAGCUAUAGCACUUAUCCUUAUAGGGGCGCAGGGGGGCUGGAGCCAAUCCCAGCUGACAUUGGGCGAGGGCGGGGUUCACUCUGGACAGGUCGAUUAAACAUAUGAUGAGUGAAAUAAUCAUCAACACCAUGACUGAGUGUUUCUACCUUGAACUGCAGUGAACCAAUGACAGUCUCAUAACAACAGACUCAGGCAGCCAGAGUGUCAUACGUCACAAACCUAAGGAACCAAUCCUGUCAGCUUGUGGGGACGGGGGGGCGGGGCUAAAUAAAUGUAAAAAAGUAAGUAAGUAAAGAUGUAUUUAUACAGCAACAUUCACAGAUAAAAAAGUGCUUUACAUCAGAAAAUAUACAAAAGUUCAAGAAAACAAAAUGUAUUCUUACCUGCCGUUUGGCGUGUUCAUAUUUAUACUGUACACAGCUGACCUGCACCUUGUACACGUUUAUAUCCAGGUGUUUAUUAAGUAUAUUAUGUCUAAUACCAGAACUCUCCUUCUUCCUCCUUCAUUGUAAUUUAUUCAUCUCUGUAAGUAGAGUAUGUGCAUUCCUAUACUGUUUGCACUGAGACAGUUGGGCAAUAAAGUUGAAAGUAAUCUAAAAAUUAUUUUAAAAAUAAAUCACAGUUCAUAUCUAAUCCUGACAGAUUUUAAUUGAACUGAAUCAGAAACACUUAUACUUCAGCAGUUGAAAAUGUUUCCAAGUUCUUUUUCAUAUUUUUUUUUUCUUUUUUUCUGUCUGAGAUAUGAGACAUGAGACACACUGUAUGGAAAUAUCUGUUUGAUGCUGAAUGUCAAUAAAAAAAAAAGGUAAAAGAAAA